AUGGAGGGCGACGAGAUCUUUGCAAGCCUAGACUCGCUCUGGUUCCACUCCAGCGUCCUCCACCGGCGGCCGCGCUUCAAGCAGUGCUCCGAAGAGUUGAAGCCGCCCAGGAAGCAGGAUCAACAUCCCAAAUGCGUCGACGACGAGGUGACGCUGGGGGCGAGAAGAGCGGAUCCAGGAAGGAGGGCGCUCCAAGAGCGCAUCGAGACAUGGCAGGAGGAGCAGUGGCGGCAGCCGACGCUCGUCAUUGCGGCACCGCCACAGUGCUCGCCCGUCGGCGAUGGUGUCGCCAUGAAGGCUCAUCUCAGGUCGUGGGCUCAUGCUGUUGCCUGCUCGGUCAGAUAA